GUCCUCCAUCAACUGCUGUUUGAUGGGUCUCACCACCUUCGACAUGAUCGUCACCACCAUCUCGGUUCUCUUAUUAGUCUCUUGUAACACUGUCAUUUCUCCACAGACCGAAGAUGCGGUCCUCCAUCAACUGCUGUCUGAUGGGUCUCACCACCUUCGACAUGAUCGUCACCACCACCUCGAUCCUCAUGUUUGGACUCACUGAGAUCGGCGAGUACACCAAGACCAUAACUUGGUACACAGAAGGCGUCUUCCAGCGCGUCACCCCGUUUGUUUUCCCCCUCGCUCUUAUAGCCCAGACUGGGUCAGUCUACCUCACAGUUACCGUGACGGUAGAGCGGUACAUCGCUGUCUGUCGGCCGCUACGAGCUCGCUCCCUGUGCACCUACGGACGUGCGAAAAUCUACGUUAUAAGCGUGGCUUUCUUCUCCAUUAUUUACAACUUUCCCAGGUUUUGGGAAGUUUCUUACGAGGAAUGCUACGUGAUGAACGAAAGAUUCGUCAUCGUAGUAGCGUCAGAGUUACGACAAAAUCAAUACUACAUUCAGAUCUAUAUAAUGUGGAUGUACCUGAUUGUGAUGUAUCUGGUGCCCUUCCUCAGUCUGAUGGUCUUCAAUGUUUUCAUCUAUAGAGAGGUUCGUGCAGCCAACCAUGAGCGUCGACAGCUGAGUCGCCUACAGCAGAAAGAGAUCGGCUUGGCAGUGAUGUUGUUGGUGGUUGUGACGGUGUUCUUCGUCUGCAAUGUUCUCGCAUUCAUCAUUAACAUCUUGGAGCUGCUGAACAUUACCAUCGACUUACUGACCAUGUCGAGUAAUCUCCUUAUCACGAUUAAUUCGUCUGUCAACUUCAUCAUCUACUGCAUCUUUAGCCAGAAGUUCCGUAAGCUAUUCUUGAAGAUGUUCUGUUCUGGCUUCCUGUCCAGGGUUAUGGGAAGAGAUGUGGCCCUAGACUCGGCAGACUUCAGAAACCAAAGCAUCUAUGGGGACCCUAGAAUGCUAUCCAAUAGCAAAACGACUCAAACUUUCCGCUUGUCGUCGUGGAACGGGUCACAGUCGUCGGGUCGUGUUUUGCAUCAACACAGCGUCCAUGAUCACCAAGGACAUUCUUGCAGUGAGACAUUUUGGAGAACACCUCGGUAUUCCAGCGUUCCCUUUGGUGGCUCUUCCACUCCCAGGACAACCUCCUCAUCUUUCACUCCAUCGAGGAGUCCAUCUUUAGUACCCCAGAAGGGUCCUUUGGACAAUGUUCACGUCCUCUGAAGAAACGAUUGAUCAUCCAUGGGGAAAAAAAUAUCAGAUUCUAGCUGCCCGGAGAAGCCGUUUUCUCUCUUGACAUAUCAUGGAGACAUUUCUGAAAUAACCCGUUUUCUUUCUGAAGUUGCUGUCUGGUUUUUUGUACAUCUCCCUUUUUCCAGUGGAUAAAACCCCAAUGUCUCGUAAUUUUAGAACUAACUCUGGUGCUGGUUUAAAAAGACGUUACGGUCCUGGGACCUUCAUCAGUUCUAACACAAACAAUAUAUACAGAAAGACAGUUGGGUGUGACACAAAGUGACCUGAAGAAUGCUAACACUUGGGUGUGACACAAAGUGACCUGAAGAAUGCUAACACUUGGGUGUGACACAAAGUGACCUGAAGAAUGCUAUAUAUACUAUCUGGACAAUGAGGUCACGUCAUUUCUGUGUUGUUAGGUACUGCUUUGUCUGGUUUAUUAUCAUGUACGCUAAUUUUUUUGUUAAUUUUGUAGCCACCAGUAUUAUGUUCCAUGGUGUCUGACAACUCUAGUGGUCCAUAAGUAGUCACUAUGUGUACGUAGUGUUCCUGUGUUACAUUGGAACCUGAAAUAAUGAUAUAAUUAAGUAUAUAAUAUUGCCUCCUGGCAUUUCCUUUUAUCUCCUAGGCAGCUAUAAGUAUACUAGUAUAUGUAACCUCUGUAGUAUACCUGGAGAGAGUUCCAGGGGUCAACGCCCCCACAAGAUUUAGAUUUUGCCACCGCAGUGGCUAGUCUAUUGUGCACCCCAUAUCCAUCCUGUGGACAGUAACGCAAGAGCAUAUGGAUACACAAAAGGCCCAGGAACUAGGCCCCCAAAAGGGUCUGGAGAAAGGAGUUUAAUGGCUUAGGCUAAGAAACUAAUCAAACAAUCCAAAGGAAUCUGAAUCAAUUUAAACUCAUGGAUAGAGAAAUUAAUCAAAUCUGGUCUACAAGCAAGCCAGACAGGGUAAGUAAAACCAUAGAUCUUAAUAGUCCAAAGACCCAACAAGGGUAUUUAACGCCCCUUUAAGAGGUAAACUUGCGCCUCUCUGUCUAACUCCUGAGCCUUCUGAGAAAGUGGUUGUAGAAAGAUACCUGAACAAACGCUAGGACGAAUGUAUUUGAAACGUUUCGGUUCAGUGGCCUUGAUCAAGGCCACUUGGACCAGUGGUCUUGAUCAAGGCCACUUGAACCAGUGACCUUGAUCAAGGCCACUUGGACUAGUGGUCUUGAUCAAGGCCACUUGAA